CACCCCGGGUGUCUCAUUCAACCACAGACAGUGAAAGUGUGCAAACGUCGUAGAAGCUUUACGCGCUGGGCGCAAAACACACACCGCCCGCCCCCCCCCACAACACAGCUUUUCCGCCUCGUCCAACUUCGUCGUAGUGAGAGACUUCCCUGUGGGCACAGCAAAACCUGCAGACGGUCCCUGGGGCAGCAUUUAAUCCCGCCACAAAUCGUCAAACCCGAACCGCGCAGUUCUACUGAUCUACCGUGGCAGGCAGGCUUUCGCACACACUCACUGCCACUAGUGAGAGCCUGCAGAUUUGAUGCAUUAUUUCUUAAACACCCACCAAAACGAUGUUGAGCUUUCUAGCUUCAUCAUUAUUAGCUAUAAGCAUCAUCUGCUCGGUUGAUCCCGGCCUGACAGGUCCCCUGGAUGCGCUGAGCUGGGCCCGGAUGGACAACAUCAACCUUCCCUGGCUGCCGUAUGAAAAUAUGACACGAUGUUAUGGCGAGCUGGGCUGUCUGAACAUCACCAAGGAAUGGUACCAUCUGAUCUUCCGGCCGUUCAACGUGUUUCCGCUACCGCGCAGCGUCAUCAACACGCGCUUCAUCCUGUACACCGAGAAGAACCCUACCGAUGGGCAGCUGCUGCAGGCCGAGGCAAAGGAUACGCUCGUCAAGUCCCACUUCAACCCGGACUGGGCGACCAAGUUCAUCAUCCACGGCUUCAUCGAUACGCCCCUGUCCAACUGGGUGUCCGAGAUGCGCGAUGAGCUGAUCACGCGCGGUGGUCUGAACGUGAUCGUGGUCGAUUGGGCCGGCGGAUCACUGCCGCUCUACACGCAGGCAACGGCCAACACACGACUCGUCGGUUUGGAGAUUGCUUACCUCAUCCGGAAGCUGCAAGAAUACCGGGGACUGCAGCCGGAAGACGUCCAUCUGAUUGGACAUUCACUCGGUGCUCAUACGGCGGCGUACGCGGGAGAGCGUAUUCCAGGGUUGGGACGCAUUACCGGGCUCGAUCCAGCGGAACCGUACUUCCAGGGUAUGGGACCUAUCGUACGGUUGGAUCCGACCGACGCCACCCUCGUGGACGUCAUCCACACCGAUGGAAGAAGUGUGUUCCGGCUAGAAAUCCCCGGCUACGGUAUGUCGCACGCCUGUGGCCAUCUUGAUUUCUAUCCCAACAACGGCAAGGAGCAGCCGGGCUGUGCACUGUCGCAGGAGGGUGCCGCCACCAUUCCGCUGACACUUAUUAAGGAUGGCAUUGAGGAGGCGUCAAGGGUGUUGCUGGCCUGUAAUCAUAUCCGCGCCAUCAAACUGUUCAUCGACAGCAUCAACGGCAAAUGUCCGUAUGUCGCACAUCGGUGUCCAUCGUAUCAGCAUUUCCUCAGCGGCAACUGCUUCAAGUGUACGUCCGGCAAUUGCGCACUGAUGGGCUAUCAUGCCUCACUGCCCAUCACAACCGCCCGGCAAAACGUGUCCGAGAACGAUGUCAUCAGCGGCUCAUCCAGUGUCCCGGUAGCGCCCCAGCCGGGCAAAUACUUUCUUGCCACGGGGCGUGAUUUUCCAUUCUGUCAACGUCACUAUCGAUUUACGGUUGAACUGGCAAAACCGAAAGUGGCUGAACCGUGGGUACAGGGCCAUCUGACUGCGGGCAUCUUCUCGGAGCGAGGUGCCCUGCGCAACAUCGACCUGACACCGAAAGGCACCGCUCGGCUGGAGCACGGCACAACGUACCAGGUGGUGGUCACCAAUCCACACGAUCUUGGCGAUCGCAUUCGCAAGGUAGAGCUGGCCUGGACGCACGACAUGAACGUGCUGGAGCCGACCACGCUGUGUCUGUUCUGGUGCAACAGCCAUCUGUACGUGAAAUCGAUUCAAGUUGAAACGAUGCAGAUGCCCUCGCGAGAAAAACGGAACAUUGAAUAUCCGAACAAGCUGUGCGCACCGAAGCGCGAAUACGCCGACAUUGCCAGCCGCGGGUCCUACUCGUUCUACGAUAACUGCAAACGGUAAGGGAUGACCCAAGCGUUGCGGCACACUCGUUACAUCUCAUCUCAGCCCCCGCUAAGCCAGAUUUCAUGCAACAAACUCAGCACCACCACACGCCAUCACGAGGACACGUGCGUCAUAUGUGAUUAAUGCAGCGUAUAUAGCGAUCGCGUAGUUAGCAGCCUUCUAGCGUGCCUUCUAGCGAUUUAACGACCCACCUGUGUGUUUAUGUGUGUGUUUUUUGGUUUUGUUAUCUCUCUCUCUCCAUCUCUCAACGCCCUUCUACUAAACCAGCGACACACUUUGUUCGCCCAGUGCGCGAGAUCCUCCUGAGGGUGGGCGAGGAGGAUCCACCUUCAUCCCUCCGUGUGUCGUCCCCUUAAAUCAUUUCUGUGAAAUAUUCGACAUCUCGCGCGUAGUACACUGCCUUUCCAUAGUUUUUCCUCUUAGAACAAGUACCCCAGUAGAUGUUAUUAGGUGGAGAGUGUCCAAACAGUUCAGCUCGGUUAGUCGAUUAGCCUGAUCGUUCGUGUAUAGUGGUAUGAUUUUAACCUUCGCCAGAGGCCGAACACAACCCACGCUUGAUUUGGUUUGUGUGAAUAACAACAACAACAACAACAACAACAAUAUUUUGCAUUGGUAGAGAUAGGCCAAAGUGAUAUAUAUUCCCAGAUAUCGUGCAGGGUGAAAUGUUGAAAGCCUUGCCGGCAACCCGCUGGCAAGCCAGGAAUGGUCUCCGUUUGUUCAUUUCGUUCACUUUCUUUACCCCGCCCCAUCGGGAGCCAUAUAUGUGUAAUGCUUUUCUUUUGUUUUGAAUUUGUUCAAAUACAAUACGCGUAGUAGAAUUAGCUGUAAGCAGAGACAGUCCCGAGCCGAAGAGGAUACUUCAGAUCAGGACCAGAGGCCGACGUUUCGAGGCGAGGAAAGGCAAAGGUAGUAGAAAUAAGUUCGGUGUGGCGCCAUGGCCCCUUCCGCCGGUCGGUGCGCGCCACACCUUUCCAUGCGUUUACUUAAUUACCGUUAGCAAACUGAAAACAUUAUUGUGAUACCUAUACGAAAAGAGUGACUGUAAAUUAUGAAAUAAAACGAUACAUUUAUUUCGUGUA